CCAGGGCACACUUACAAAACAUUUUGGGAGACCUUUCCAUCAAAAUUAACAAUAAAGUUGUAAGACUUUCAACAUCUUUUAUAUAGUCUGGCCGUCGUUUGGUCGUGUUUCGGCCCUAAAUUUCAGAAGUUCAUGUACAGGGAACGAUGUGGGCAAGUCUGAAAGUUUGCAUCAUUGGCGCUGAGGGCUGGGGCACGGCUAUUGCAGCCGCCAUCAGCAAGAACGUUCAAAAAUCGAAUAAGGACUUCGACGAACGUGUGCAUAUAUAUGCCUACGACGACCCGAUUCAAAGCAGCCUCUUAUCCGAGGUGAUCAAUAAUAGCCAUGAGAAUGUAAAGUAUCUGCCUGGCAUCAAGCUGCCCAAGAACCUGAUUGCCGUGAAUGAUCUUUUGGAAGCUGCGCAGAAUGCAGAUAUUUUGAUAUUCUCCAUACCCCACAAUUUCGUGAAAUCCUACUGCAACAUCCUGGCAGGUAACGUCAAAGAGACUGCCUUCGCCGUGUCCAUGGUCAGGGGGUUGAUGCAGGAGAGGGACGAUGAGAUGGUGCUCGUUUCGGACACCAUCAGCGAACAGCUGGACAUUCCUUGCUACUCGAUGAUGUCUGCCCACAGUUCAAUGGAGAUGGCGCAGGGGAAGCUGUGCGAGGUCACUGUGGGCUGUGAUGACCCAUUCCACGUCCAGCUGCUGACCGCCAUUCUGCAAACGAACAAUUGCCGGGUGAUAUCCAUCGAUGAUGUUACUGGAGUGGAACUAUGCGGUACGCUCAAUGAAAUCAUCAGCCUGGGAGCUGGCUUCGUAGAUGGCCUUCACUUAGGCGCCAAUACACGCGUGGCCGCUAUCCAUCUGUGCGUGAAGGAGAUGAUGCGGUUCAUUAAGAUUUUCCCAUCCACCAAAAUGUCCACAUUCUACGAGACCUGUGGGAUCGCCAACUCCGUGGCUGCUACCUAUGUCGACAAGAAUGUCAACUUUGCCCAAAGCUUUAUUGCAACUGGCAAGACGUUCGAGGAGAUGGAAGCGACCUUCCUGCACGGUCGAAAGUUAUUGGGACCCGUUGUGGCUGCUGAAGUGAAUGCCUUUCUGGAGAAAGCCCUAAUGCAGCACGAAUUUCCGUUGUUUACGGCUAUCCAUCGGAUAUGCCAGAACGAAGCGCCUCCGGAACUAAUGCUAGACGCCCUGCGAAAUCAUCCAGAUCUCAGCGGCUCGUCCAUUACCCAUUUACUGAGCAAAGAGACAGCGCCUGCACAGGAAAAGAUGGAUCUGACGCUGGACCAAGUGGCAAACGCUCUGCCCAAACUGAGGUCUUGUCUCGACAAGAUUUUGGUCGAGGCGAACAGUCCUAAUUUCAAGAAUCUGAAGGUAAUGGACGACUGGGCGCAGGUUGACGAGCACAAGGUAGAGCAUUUUGGGCUUCAAAUGUCUUCUGCGAAUAUCCCCAUUGAAACUGGGGAUGUUCCCAGUCGACUGAGUGAGGAAGCCUCCAGGAUUCGGGAUGAAAUUCAAAAAGGGAAUGUACAGGUCGGCUUCAAGAUGGAUGCCAGGGAAGGCGGUCGACAUAUCCGUCUUCUGUUACAGGAGUUGCCAGAAAAAUUCAACAAUAAGUCUGUGAUUUCAUCUGGAUUAGAUAAAAUUGAUAGUGAGUUGGGUCAAGAUCACAACAACAUGAAUGAUUCUACCGAUGUUUUGGACUUGAGUAACGAAGACACCCGGGAUGAAGUCAAUUUGAAAGUACAAGAUAAUCUCAUAAAAUCCAUUAGACAAACGAUAGAGGCACUCGAAAAUAAAGAGAAAAUGGAUAACUUUAUUGCUGAAAGUCGAAUAAAGGAUGAGAACUCGCCCUUCGCCCGAUUCCAUGAGGAUGAGAAUAACUCUCCAGACGAAACCACUGAAAUGCGGAAGGUCGAAAUGAAAGCCAGAACACAGCACCAAGAUUCUGAUUCGGACGAGCAGAGUCUCCAGAGGGUAUGGGAGAAACCUGUCGAGCUGCGCCUCCAUGACGACGUAGAGGCUGCGCUGGAUGAAGUAUCAGUUCUUGACCAAAGUGACCACUCUUUCACCAACGAGGGAACGGAGCUCGAGGAGCUUCAACAAUGGCAGAAACUGAAAACGAAAGCGGAGGGGGAUUUCCCCAAGCUCUCUGAAGUGGAAGAUACCGCCGCUUCGGAAGAUAUUGCCAAGCACGAGAAACAGCUGGAUGUGGAAACGGCAGAGCUCUCAAUGAUAGAGAAGGACGAACAGCGACUGGUUACGGUGGGUAAUCGGAAGCCAAACCAAAACCUAAGCAAGGUCAAUGUCCGACACUUUAGAAACAAGAAGUCUGACGAUGGUGGCCAUCAUGAGUGGGAUUGGAUGAUGAACCAUAAAAUCGAUGCCGACGAGGUCUUGGCUAACGAAAAGGAUGAAAUACUCAGCAAGUCGGACCAGGAAGGGCUAGAAAGGUUGAACGCUCAGCUGCAGGAAGCAUUGCAGCGGGACUUGGACGUGAUGUCAUCCAGCCACGAUGAUGCCCCCAAUCAGGAGUUGGGGCAUGAUACGGAUUUGGAGACCGUAGCUAACAAUAAGCGCAUCACGCAUGAACCUGUCAUACCUUCGCCCCUGAAGUUGCCAACUCCUAAAAAGCAUUACCGCGAGGGUACACCCGAGGUGCCGAAUCCGCCGGGCAAUAUCCCUCCGCCGAUGCGCGAAUCUAAACCGCGCAAGCCCAGGAAAAUGCAACCCCAUCGCAGCAUGCCGCCGGUCGAGUUUGGGGAGAUGCCUGAAACACAGCAGCCGGAGAUGGCCAUCUCAGACAAGGCGGUACCUGAGGCUAAAAAGAGCUCUAAGGCAGAACCGCCGAACGAGUCGCCGUCGAUGGGAAAAGCGAUGCUACAAGGCCGCCAACAAAGAAGAGCAGGUCGGCUUCAGAUCUGCCGGAGAAAUCCACUACUCACUCCGACGAACGUUUUGCUACGCCCAAAAAAGACGAGAACAGGGAAGAUAGAGACACCCAGAAGUCUGAGGUUAGCAGGCCUGAAAAAAGGUCGAACAGUGUCAUUCGGAAGGGAAGACAACGCCAGGUUGACUAUAGGGGGCAAAAUCCCUUCAGCUUGGAUCCGGAACUGGAAUCGAAGCUUUCGAUGGACACCAGCCACAAUGGGGAAUUGGGAAGGAAUGGUUUCAGCCAUCAGCGUCGUAAAGUGGUAGUGUCGCCUCCGUUUAAUCCCCCCAUUAAUCCACGAGUGCGCGUGCCACGUCCCCCUUCGAUGUUAGGGAUCACGAGUACCACACGAUGGUAGCGAGGCCUGCGAUGAAUCCCCUAGCUCCG